GGCCGGGGCCUGGGCGAGUGACGGGUGAAGUACAACGCGGGGCCGGCUCCUGGUCUACCCGCCGCGCGCCGCUCCUGUCCUCCCCUCGCUGUGACUCGGUGUCUUCAGCUCCACGUAAAGUGCAGGAUUUUGCUCCCUGCCUAAGCCUCCUCGGUCUCCUCUUCCCCUGAGAGACUUCCAGUUCCGAAAAUGGUUUUGACUGAUUUUUAAGGUAAAAAUACAUCCUCCUGAUGCGAUCCAAGUGUAGGAAUUCUGUCUUUCCAGGCUGGACGUUCCGACAUGAAAUUGUACCUGGGAAUUCCGGUGGGACUGGUCCGAGCGAGGGGCGUCAGGCUGGCAGGGAAGCCGCAGAGUCGCAACCAAGAAGCAGUGAAUCAGAAAAAGGGAGAAUGAUUACAGAGGAUUACUGAGAAAAGUGGACUGUAAGCAUUUUUCUGUUUAUAGCUGGCUGCCUGUUUGCUUUCUGAGUGAGAACACUGGGAUCAUUUUCAUCAUGCCGACAGUGGUGGUAAUGGAUGUAUCUCUUUCCAUGACCCGACCUGUGUCUAUCGAGGGGUCUGAAGAAUACCAGCGUAAGCACCUAGCAGCCCAUGGUUUGACAAUGCUGUUUGAGCACAUGGCCACAAAUUACAAGCUUGAAUUUACAGCCCUGGUAGUUUUUUCAUCACUUUGGGAGCUGAUGGUCCCCUUCACAAGAGAUUAUAAUACCUUACAGGAAGCACUAAGUAAUAUGGAUGAUUAUGACAAAACCUGCUUGGAGUCUGCAUUAGUUGGUGUUUGCAAUAUCGUUCAGCAAGAGUGGGGCGGUGCAAUUCCUUGCCAGGUUGUUCUGGUGACAGACGGCUGUCUUGGCAUUGGUAGAGGGUCACUACGACAUUCCCUAGCUACUCACAAUCAACGAAGUGAGAACAACAGGUUUCCACUACCUUUUCCUUUCCCGUCUAAGUUAUAUAUCAUGUGCAUGGCAAAUUUGGAGGAGCUGCAGAGCACCGAUUCCUUAGAAUGCCUUGAACGUCUCAUAGAUUUAAACAAUGGUGAAGGGCAGAUUUUUACUAUUGAUGGUCCCCUGUGCUUGAAAAAUGUACAAUCUAUGUUUGGAAAACUGAUAGACCUGGCAUAUACACCUUUCCAUGCUGUUCUCAAAUGUGGCCAUCUAACCGCUGAUGUACAAGUCUUCCCCAGGCCAGAACCUUUUGUUGUAGAUGAAGAAAUUGAUCCUAUCCCUAAAGUCAUAAAUACAGAUUUGGAAAUAGUGGGGUUUAUUGAUAUAGCCGAUAUUUCAAGUCCCCCAGUUCUGUCCAGACAUCUGGUCCUACCUAUAGCACUUAACAAAGAAGGCGAUGAGGUGGGUACUGGCAUCACUGAUGACAAUGAAGAUGAAAAUUCAGCCAAUCAGAUUGCAGGCAAAAUACCCAACUUUUGUGUCCUGCUUCAUGGCAGUCUAAAAGUAGAAGGAAUGGUGGCAAUUGUCCAAUUAGGUCCUGAAUGGCAUGGAAUGCUCUACUCCCAAGCUGACAGCAAGAAGAAAUCAAACCUCAUGAUGUCUCUCUUUGAGCCUGGCCCAGAACCUCUCCCAUGGCUAGGGAAAAUGGCACAGUUGGGUCCUAUUUCAGAUGCUAAAGAAAACCCUUAUGGUGAGGAUGACAAUAAGAGCCCAUUUCCUCUGCAGCCCAAAAACAAACGCAGUUAUGCCCAGAAUGUGACUGUCUGGAUCAAACCCAGUGGCCUGCAGUUUUUGGCCAGGGCCGGGUUUGAACCCACCACCUCCGGUAUAUGGGUCCGGCGCCCUACUCCUUUGAGCUACAGGUGCCGCCUUCAUUUCAUUUUAAUCACUCCAAAAGGAAACCCUGUCCCCACUGAGCAGGUCAUUCCACCUUCCCCACUUUUCCCAGGCCCCGGCAACUGCUGAUUUGCUUUCUGUUUCCGUGGAUUUGUCUGUUCUAGAUAUUGCAUCUAAAUGAAAUCAUAUAAUUUGUGGCUUUUGUGUUUGCCUUUCACUUAGCAUGACAUUUUCAAUGUCCAUUCAUGUUGUAGCACAUAUCAGUACUGUAAUAUUCCAUUUUAUGCCACAUUUUGUCUAUCCAUUCAGUUGAGGGACAUUAGGGUUACAUUUUGCAUGACCGUGAAUAAUGGUGUUAUGAACAUUCAUGUACAUGUUUUUGUCUGAACAUUUGUUUUUAAUACUCUUGGGUAUAUAUUUAGAAAUGGGAUUGCUAAGUCAUAUAGUAAGUUUAUGUAAUUUAUUGAGAAACUGCCACACAUUUUCACAGCAGCCAUACCAUUUUAUACUCCCAUCAGCAAGGUAUAAGUGUUCCAGUUUCUCCUCAUCCUCACCAAUACUCAUUAUUUUCUGUUAGCCAUUGUAAUGGGUGCAAAGUGGCGAGUCUUUGUGGUUUUAAUUUGCAUUUCCCUAAUAACCUGUAAGGUGCAUCAUUUCAUGUGCUUCUUUUCCAUUUGUAUGUCUUCUUUGGAGAAAAGUCUACUCAAGACCUUUGUCUAUUGAAGUCUUUGUUUUUUCAUCUAGAUUGUUUGUCUUUUUGUGUUGAGUUCCUUUAUAUUCUGGAUAGUAGACCUUUAGCAGAUAAAUAGGAUUUGCAAAUAUUUUCUCCUAUUCUGUAGGUUGCCUUUUCACACCCUUGUGUCCUUUGGUGCACAAAAGAUUUUAAUUUUGAUGAAGUCAAAUUUAUGGGGGGAGGGGUUUGUUUGUUUUUUUGUUUUUGGCUUUUGUUGCUUAUGGUUUUUGGUGUCAUAACUAAGAGAUAAUUACCAAAUCCAAGAUCAUGAAGAUUUACUCCCAUGUUUUUUUGUAUUUUUUUUUUAAGAGACAGUCUCACUUUGUCGCCCUCAGUAGAGUGCUGCGGCGUCACAGCUCACAGCAACCUUCAACUCCUGGGCUUAAGGGAUUCUCUUGCCUCAGCCUCCCAAGUAGCUGGGACUACAGGCGCCCACCACAACGCCCGGCUAUUUUUUGUUGCAGUUUGGCCUCCACCCUCAGCAUAUGGGACCAGCGCCCUACUCACUGAGCCACAGGCGCCGCCCUACUCCUAUGUUUUCUUUUAAGAGUUUUAUAGUUUUAGCUCUAACAUUUAGGUCUCCAAUCCAUUUUGAGUUAAUUUUGUUUAUAUAGUGUGAUGUAGAGGUCCAAUUUAAUUCUUUUGCAUGCUGGAUAUCCAGUUGUUCAAGCACCAAUUGAGGAGAAUCAUCAAAUGGUCUUUGUAAUAAAAAAGCAGCUGGCCACGGGUGUAUGGGUUUACUGUCUAUAUAUAUUUUUUUUUUUUUUGUAGAGACAGAGUCUCACUGUACCGCCCUCUGGUAGAGUGCCGUGGCGUCACACGGCUCACAGCAACCUCUAACUCUUGGGCUUACGCGAUUCUCUUGCCUCAGCCUCCCGAGUAGCUGGGACUACAGGCGCCUGCCACAAUGCCCGGCUAUAUUUUUGUGAGACAAGUUCAUUUCUGUUAAGGGAUUUCUUUUAUCACCAAGCCUUUUGAAGGAUGGAGUACUUUAUUAAUGUUUUAUUAACAGAACUUGACAUUAACUGAGAAAGGAUUCUCAUCUUGACUUCAUACCUCUGUUCUCAUUUAUAUUUCUCUAACAUUUAGAGCCAUCCUUUUGUAUUCUUUCCCCUUUUUACCACAGAAUUCUAAUACUGGAUUUUUUUUUACC